AUGAAAAAUGAGACACACACUGAAUCUGAUUCAGAAAAGAAAGCUGGGGAUUACACCAUCCAACCCAAAGCGGACCUUGAGGCCUCAAGACUUGAGACCCCUGCCUCAGUGCAGGAAGUCAUGUCUAAGAUUGAGCAAGCACAGCUCCUCCGAGCCAGAGAGGACAUUAAUAUUCAGCUGAGUGACAUAAAGAAAAGUGUGCAGGGGGUAAUUCAUCGCUACACUUUUGAUGAGUUUGCGGAGACUGGAAAGACAAUGUCUCUUUCAGAAUAUAAGAAACAGAGAACAAAGGUGCUGGAGAAAGUAUCUUUUUGUGCUAAUUCUGCAGACAUUAAAGAAAAGAUUCUUAUCCACAUCCUGGCCUGGUUGAAAGAAUGGAAUGCCAUUUUGUCUGAUAUGACUGAAGUUGAUAUUGAUGAACACCACCACUGCAUAGCACAAAUGGAGGUUUUACCAAAAACGUUCAAAGCUAUCGAGGGCAAUGUCAAGAGGUUGAGUGUAAUUAGUACCUCUUUGCUUGAAGACAAGAAGAAACAAGAGGAAAAAAAAGCAUCUAGAAAAGCUCUAUGGAAAUCUUGGAAAGAAAGAGUUAUAAAGCGACCUGCAACAGUCCAUGCUUUAACACCAAAUCAGAUGAUUGGUGAUGAAUUUGCAACAAAUACAAAGGUUUCAGAAAUUCAAGCCAUGCUACAGGAACUCAUAGAUACUACAAUGUUCAAUAAAUUGGAAAAUAAUGCUAUUAACUAUAUAGCAUCGACAAUAGAAAACCUUUCUAAAGCGUUGAGUUCACUAAAUAAUGAAGCAAAAAUUAUUAACCUCCAUCCUGGGAUAUAUAUAAGUGAGGAAAGUGAAAAAGAGCUCUCCCUACAGAUAAUACAAGAGCUCAGUGAAGAAAAUGAAAGGCUUCAGCGGAAACUUCAAGAAGCAGAAGAAAAAUGUGAGCAGUUUAUUAAAUUCAAAGCAUCGCCCACAUCAACCUUGAAGGUGUUAUAUGAGUUUUCUCCAGAAUCAUCCAUGGGCUUUAGCAUGACUGAUGAAGCAGCGAGUAUGGACAAUACUUUGACGAAAGAAUUUGAAAAUAGAAUGGAUGGGGCCCAAAGAAAGGAGACCCAAGGCUCAGUGUUAAAGUGGGACUCAGCAAGUUCACAUACAGUCCAAGUUGAAAUGACUCCAGAUUUAAUUGAACAGCAAUUCCCUUUACUUGAAAAACCCCCCAAAAUACCUUCCAAAGAUAUCACUGAAGAUAAGAUAUCACUGAAGAAAGGUGACAUCUAUCAGAAAGGUUGGACUGAUGAGUAUCAAUCACAGAAAAGGAAGAUCACAAAAGCCCCAUAUGAGUUUGAGACCUCUAGAUCAAAUCUGAGUAAUCAGACAAGUAAACAAAUAGUCCCGAAGACCAAAGUGGACUAUGACUUAGAUCUACAAGCACAGCAAAAGAUGAGUCAAGAAAUACAGCCCCUUUCUAUAGCCAAAUCAAAGUCAUUCAUUGAAUCAAAAAGUCAACAUGUUCUUUCUAAUUUCCCUUCUACUGACACAAAGAGCCAAGGUGGCAAAAGUGGAACAAGUAGUAAGUGGGAACGACUUAGGAAGUACAAAAUUGCAUAUAUACUUGAGAAAUGCCAAAUUAUUUCAGACCACAAAAAGAAAUCCACCACUGAGUUAAUGGCCAAAGAGAGUAAAAGUGUUAUGAGUUUCCAAGCAGUGCCAUUUGCGUCAAUCCAACCUGAUAAAUCCUCUGAGAAAGUAAAAAUAAAAGGAAAGGAACAUCAAAUCUCUUCAGAAAUUACCACAAGCAAAGAAGGAAAAACUAAAGAGGAGGACACGUCAGUCUUUUCCAAGAAGGGCAAGUCUCAAGAACUUGUUGAAUCACAAUCUAAGACAACUAAAGAGACUUCAGAAUCUACUACAGUUCUAGGAAGUCCAGAGGGCAAAAGUGAACAGGCUAAUCUAGAUGAAUUUCACAACGCCAUAAUGUCUUUCUUAAAAGAGAAAAUUGAUAACACAGAAAAUCCUUUGGAUAAAAAGACUAUGCUGGAAGAAGAGUUAUUAUUAAAAAAAGCAGAAGUUGAAAAAUUAGGAAUCAUAAAGGCAAAAAUGGAAGAAUAUUUCCAAAAUGUGGCUAGAGCUGUGGCAAAAAUCUUGAGAAAAUACAAAGACAUUAAAAAAGCAGGACAAAUUAGAGAGAAACAAAUGAAACAAACAAGAGUCUCAUUUAUGCCAGGACUACAUUUACAGGAGCCAGUUAGUCCAACGUCUGAAAUUAGCUCCUUACUCUCAUCUGAGAGCAUGGACCCAGUAGUACAAAAUUUAACACAAGAGAUCUUGAAUGAAAUAGAUGCUCCAGUCGUCUCACUAGCAGAUCAUAAGGAGGAGGAAAAACAGAGGCAGGAGGAAUAUUUGCUAGAGGUUCAAGGAGAAAGUUUUAAUAUGAAUCUUAAACACCAGUUGCAAGAAAAAAGGAAUCUCUGUAAGAUGAGCUAUCAGAGGAUACAUAAGGAUUUGCAAAAGCUCCAGAUGAAGGAGGGAGAGCAAGAGCAACAGAAGCAGGAUCAGUGGCAGGAAGAAGUGUGGGAGCAACAUCAAAAACAAAGGAUGCAAACGCAAACUGAGCAAGAUGAGAAGCAAAAGGGAAUGGAAGAGGAAGAAGAGCAGAAGCAAAAGCAGCAGCACCUGGAAGCAUGGAGGCAAAAAAUGAAAGAGCAAGGAGUGUCCUUGGAGAAGGAGAAGGGACAGCAGAUGGAGCAGCUUCAGAAGGAAGUGAAACAUAUGGAACUGGAAAGUAGCUGGAAGGAAGAGGAAGAGAAGCAGAAGCCAAAGAGAAAGGGAAGGGACGAUGAAAGUCAGUGGCAUAAGAAAGCAAAGGAGCAGUUGAAGAUUAAGGAGGAAAUACCUGAAGAACUAGAAACUGUGUUAAGUUACAGUUCAAUAAGAUUGACUCCCAGGUGGAAGAACACAUGGAAACGUGCAUUACUCUUACACACAAAAACAGACUUCCAUGUGAAUCUUGCUGAUGAAAAGCACUCCGAACUAGUCAUUCCUCCCACCUCAACACAGCUUUCCUCACCUGGGCCCUUUUCUAUUCCUGGACAGUUUCCUACAAAGUCCAUUACUGUCAUUCAUGAGGAGGACCAGAACCAGGGCAUCACUCUCUCUCCUGAGCAGGCGCAGGCACUGGGCAUCACUCUCACCCCUCAGCAGGCCCAGGAGCAGGGAAUCACUCUCACCCCUAGUCAAGCCCUGGCACAGGGAAUCACACUCACCCCUAGUCAAGCCCUGGCACCGGACACCACUCUCACCCCUCAGCAGGCCCUGGAGCAGGGCAUCACUCUCACCCCUAGUCAAGCCCUGGCACAGGGAAUCACACUCACCCCUAGUCAAGCCCUGGCACCGGACACCACUCUCACCUCUCAGCAGGCCCUGGCGCAGGGCAUCACUCUCACCCCUAGUCAAGCCCUGGCACAGGGCAUCACUCUCACCCCUCAGCAGGCCCUGGAGCAGGGCAUCACUCUCACCCCUAGUCAAGCCCUGGCACAGGGCAUCACUCUCACCCCUCAGCAGGCCCUGGAGCAGGGCAUCACUCUCUCCCCUCAGCAGGUCCUGGCACAGGGCAUCACUCUCACCCCUCAGCAGGUCCAGGCACAGGGCAUCACUCUCACCCCUAGUCAAGCCCUGGCACAGGGAAUCACACUCACCUCUCAGCAGGCCCUGGUACAGGGCAUCACUCUCACCCCUCAGCAGGCCCUGGCACAGGCCAUCACUCUCACCCCUCAGCAGGCCCUGGCACAGGGCAUUACUCUCACCCCUCAGCAGGUCCAGGCACAGGACAUCACACUCACCCCUCAGCAGGCCCUGGCACAGGACAUCACGCUCACCCCUCAGCAGGUCCAGGCACGAGACAUCACACUCACCCCUCACCAGGCCCUGGCACAGGACAUCACUCUCACCCCUCAGCAGGUCCAGGCACUGGGCAUCACUCUCACCCCUCACCAGGCCCAGGCACUGGGCAUCACUCUCACCCCUCAGCAGGUCCAGGCACAGGGCAUUACACUCACCCCUAGUCAAGCCCUGGCACAGGGAAUCACUCUCACCCCUAGUCAAGCCCUGGCACCGGACAUCACUCUCACCCCUCAGCAGGCCCUGGCACAGGCCAUCACUCUCACCCCUCAGCAGGUCCUGGAGCAGGACAUCACUCUCACCCCUAGUCAAGCCCUGGCACAGGGCAUCACUCUCACCCCUCAGCAGGCCCUGCCACAGGACAUCACUCUCACCCCUCAGCAGGCCCUGGUACAGGGCAUCACUCUCACCCCUCACCAGGCCCAGGCACUGGGCAUCACUCUCACCCCUCAGCAGGCCCAGGCACUGGGCAUCACUCUCACCCCUCAGCAGGUCCAGGCACAGGGUAUCACUCUCACCCCUGAACAGGCCCAAGCACAGGGCAUCACUCUCACCCCUCAGCAGGCCCUGGAGCAGGGCAUCACUCUCACCCCUCAGCAGGCCCAGGCACUGGGCAUCACUCUCACCCCUCAGCAGGCCCAGGCACAGGGCAUCACUCUCACCCCUGAACAGGCCCAAGCACAAGGCAUCACUCUCACCCCUCAGCAGGUCCUGGCACAGGGCAUCACUCUCACCCCUCAGCAGGUCCUGGCACCGGUCAUCACUCUCACCCCUCAGCAGGCCCUGGCACAGGGCAUCACUCUCACCCCUCAGCAGGCCCAGGCACUGGGCAUCACUCUCACCCCUCAGCAGGUCCAGGCACAGGGCAUCACUCUCACCCCUGAACAGGCCCAAGCACACGGCAUCACUCUCACCCCUCAGCAGGUCCUGGCACAGGGCAUCACUCUCACCCCUCAGCAGGCCCUGGAGCAGGGCAUCACUCUCACCCCUCAGCAGGCCCAGGCACUGGGCAUCACUCUCACCCCUCAGCAGGUCCAGGCACAGGGCAUCACUCUCACCCCUGAACAGGCCCAAGCACAGGGCAUCACUCUCACCCCUCAGCAGGCCCAGGCACAGGGCAUCACUCUCACACCUCAGCACGUCCUGGCACAGGGCAUCACUCUCACCCCUCAGCAGGUCCUGGCACAGGGCAUCACUCUCACCCCUCAGCAGGUCCAGGCACAGGGCAUCACUCUCACCCCUCAGCAGGUCCUGGCACAGGGCAUCACUCUCACCCCUCAGCAGGUCCAGGCACAGGGCAUCACUCUCACCCCUCAGCAGGUCCAGGCACAGGGCAUCACUCUCACCCCUCAGCAGGUCCUGGCACAGGGCAUCACUCUCACCCCUCAGCAGGCCCUGGAGCAGGGCAUCACUCUCACCCCUCAGCAGGCCCAGGCACUGGGUAUCACUCUCACCCCUCAGCAGGUCCAGGCACAGGGCAUCACUCUUACCCAUGAGCAGUUCAAGGCACUGAUGGUUACCCUCACUCUUGAAAAAUCCCAGGGUUUGGGAGUCACACUCACACAUGAGCAAGUCCAAGCAUUGAGAGCUCCUGUCAUUUUCCAGCAAGAAGGGACAUUGAGGGACUAUAUUACUCCUAUCCAGGGCCAGACUCCAAAGGCACCUGCCCAGGCACAUGACAUGACUCUUACCCCUGAGCAGAGCCAGGGAAUGCAGAUCCCUGUGACUACUCAACAGGCCCAGAUACUUGGUGUCCCUAUCACUCAAGGCCAGGAUGAAGCAUUGGGAGUCACUAUCACACCACAGCAGGCAGAGGCACAGGCACAGGCACGGGCACUGAUGUUCACUCUUACUCCAGAGAACGCGCGGAUUUGGGGUAUCACACAUACCAAUGAACAAGCCCCGGCAGUGGGUAUUACCCUCACCCCUGAGCAGAAACAAGUAUUGGGGGUCCCACUUACCCUUGACCAGGCUCAGGCAUUAGAGACCCCUCUCACUGCAGAACAGGCCUGGAAAUUGGGGGUCGCUAUCACUCCAGAAAUGGCUCAGGAAGUAUCACACACUCUUUUUCUUAAGCAGGGCAAAGCAUUGGGGAUUGAACAGGCUCAGUCAUUUGGCACUCCUUUAACUCUGAAUCAGGCCCAGGCAUUGCGAAUCCCAAAUGCCUGGUUAUCAAUUAUCACUCGUAGGCAUGAACGGUCUUUGGGGGCCCCUCUCACUUCAGAUAAAGCCCAUGUCUUAGGACCUCCCCUUACCCAUGAGCAAGUUCAACCUUCGGGGAAACCAUUUCAAGAAUCAAAGACUUCUCUCCUUUCUGGGCAAUCCACUACAUCAAGAACUAGAUGGCCCCUGGUACCAUCUGCUCUUAUUGAUGAGAAGACCCCUGGAUUUAAGGUCUCUUCUACUUCUUUGCAGACAUCAGGGUUUCCUUUCACCCAAGCCCCAUUUGUCUCUGGGAAAUCCGGAGGAAAGGGGAGCUUCCCUAGGGAGCUUCCUUCCUCUAAACAGACACUGGUUUCUAAGGGUCAAUUCACCCCUGUGAAGUUCCUAGCACCAGAGGUCCCUCCCACCCCUGGGAAGCUUUCAGUAUCUGGGACCCCUCCCACUCUAGGGCAACCUCUUAUAUCUGGAAUUCCACCUGCCUCUUCACCGAUUCCCAGUCUCUGGGCUCCUCUCUUUCCUGGGAAGCCUUUGAUUCCUGGGGCCCCUUCUGUCCCUGGGGAGCUCAUUGAAUCUGGACUCUCCACCUUCUCUGAGCAGCCCCAGGCAUUUCAGCUCCCUACCACCUGUGAGCAAUCUCCCUAUCUACAAGCCCCUUCUACCCUUGGGGAGCUUCCGGCACCACAGACCUUUCCUGGGCAAGCUUUCCCACUACGGAUCUCUCCCACCCCUGGGCAUCCUCCACCACCAUGGGCCCCCUCAACCCCUGCAAAGCCCCCAAAAGAUCUGUCUCUGAAAUCUAAAUCAGCAUUGGUCCAUCCCGGUGCUCCAAGUUUCAAGGUACCACAAGCCCCUUUCACCGCUAAGAAGUUCCAAAUAUCAGAGGUCUCUGACACUUCUGAAGAAAUCCAGGAACUCCGAGAUUCUUUUACUAUGGAACAACUUAGGACAUUUCAGCCCUAUCUCACCAAGUAUAGGACACCAGUAUCACAAACUCCUUACAUUGAUGAGGGGGACCUGUCCACUCUCAUGAAGCCUAUAACAUCACUGCCUCCUCUUACUACUCAACUACCCAAAAGAUCACAGAUUUCACCUUCCGAAUGGGACUGGAAAUCCCGAUUUCCCCCUAUAAGUAAGCCCUGCGUACUGACUUCAGUUUCAGGUACCAAGAAACUCAAGAUGAUGAUACCCCCUUCCUCUUUCCAAGAGCUCAAAGAGCAGAGGUAUUUUGUUGAUGUGAAGGCUCAAAGGAAGAACCUGAUACUCUUAAAUCAGACCACAGAAACUUCUGGACACCCUUCAGAGCUACAUACAACAGCUAGAAAUCUCAUAAUUGAGACACUUCAUACAGACACAGUUCGACUGGGAUACCUAUUCCGCAAGUACAUUGCCUAUAGGCUGAUCCAGCGUGCAAGAAACAACAUAAUCAAAAGAUUACUAGCCAUCCAAAACAGUGGGAAAGGUUAUGAGACCCAGAAUCUUUACAUAAUGCUGAACAGAAUUGAUGGCUACCAGAAAAAGAUGAUGGGGGUCUGGACCGAGAAGCAAAAGUCUCUAGAGCAGAAACGGACUCAGUGCCUGAGGAAAAUGAUGUUCUUAUUUAGCCAGCUCCAAGAUAUGUAUCAAUUGAAUCUUAGUCAACCUGUACCUUUGCUCAUCGACAAAAAGCAGAAACCUGCCCCUACCAAAUUUAUUCAACAGCCAUUCCUAGAGCUACUAGUGAAAGAGGACAGAAAAUUUGACAUAUUCAAGAAAUUUAGGCAACAAGAAGACCAGAUGGCAACCAUCUGGAAUGCUGAUCAGUCCAUUUCAAGCUACCCAAUAGCUGAGAAGACAUCACUACAUUCACUGUGGGCCCAGCUGGGUGGGUACCCACCUAUUCCCAUGCUGCUCCAGUUAGAUGUUCAGUCUUCCUUCAGAAAAUCUCUUGCAUCCAUUCAAUCACAGUAA